AUCUAUGGUUGCGUUUCUUUCUAACCUCAAAUAUUGAUUACAAGAGUUAACUGACCCAAAAAGAAUCAUUGAAGGAAUUGAUAAUUACACGUUGAAUUGAUUGUACUUUUCGACAUGUCUCGAGAUGUUAGUGUUAAAAUAAGCCCCGUGGAAACGAUAGAGUCUUUAACUAAAGAAGCGGAACAUUUAAAAAUUAAAUUGGAGGAUGAACGCCAAAAGCUUAAUGAUGUUACAUUGGCAGCAGUAGCCGAUAGGCUAGAGAUAAUAAAUUAUAUGAACGUAAAACCAAGACGUACAUUAAAGGGCCAUCAGGCCAAGGUAUUAUGCUCUGAUUGGUCACCGGAUAAGCGCCACAUUGUAUCAUCAUCACAGGAUGGUAAAAUGAUAAUUUGGGAUGCGUUUACCACUAACAAGGAGCAUGCAGUUACCAUGCCUACUACUUGGGUGAUGGCUUGUGCUUACGCGCCUUCUGGGAAUUUGGUUGCUUGUGGGGGUUUGGAUAAUAAAGUUACAGUAUAUCCAUUAAGUUUAGACGAGGACGUAACAUUGAAGAAAAAAACCGUCGGUACACACACCAGUUACACAAGUUGUUGUACCUUUCCAAAUUCUGAUCAACAGAUUCUUACCGGCAGUGGCGAUUCAACAUGCGCAUUGUGGGAUGUCGAAUCAGGCCAACUGUUGCAAAGCUUUCACGGACAUGCGGCCGAUGUCAUGUCCAUAGACCUAGCACCGUCGGAAAUCGGCAAUACAUUCGUCUCCGGGAGUUGCGAUAAAAUGGUCUAUCUUUGGGAUAUGAGGACGGGGCAUUGCGUGCAGUCGUUCGAGGGGCACGAAUCGGAUGUGAACAGUGUCAAAUUUCAUCCCAGCGGCGAUGCUAUAGCGACCGGAAGUGAUGAUGCUACUUGUCGGUUAUUUGAUCUCCGUGCAGAUCGAGAGGUGGCAGUGUACAAUAAAGAAAGUAUAAUAUUCGGCAUUAAUGCUGUUGAUUUUUCAGUUUCCGGUCGCCUUUUAUUCGCUGGCUAUAAUGAUUACACUGUAAAUGUGUGGGAUACUCUUAAGUGUGUUCGUGUUUGCUUAUUGUAUGGUCACGAAAAUAGAGUAUCAUGUCUACAGGUUUCUCCAGAUGGCACUGCUCUAUCGUCCGGUUCUUGGGAUUGUACACUAAGGGUUUGGGCUUAAAUCAACCAUUUCUCCGAUACAUUUAAAUUUAAUUGUUUCAUAUACUAUAUCAGCAAAGCUUAAGAAUAAAUGUUUUGUAAAUGUAUGGCUACCGAAGACGUUUAUAUUAUUGUUCUAUGUGGAUAGCAAAUUGGUGCAGUUAAACCUUCAGGAACAGCUUUAUUAUAUCCAUAAUGUUAUGUUGUAAUAAACAGCAUCCUUCGCUGUUACUGUGUUGUAUUGUUUGUGUAUCAACUUUUUUUUUCAUUGUUGUACAUUUGUUAGCUUCUUAAAAUUUAUCUCAAACAGAUAAAGUCUGCGACUGCCAGUUAUAGUAUACCAGUACAAAAUAUAAAUGAAGUGAAUUCUUGGGUGAGAUCUAUUGAUAUUUUAGGAAUUAAGUAACCUAGAAAUUUCCAUAUUUCUUUAUGUAUAUUACCUUCAGUAUUAUGUCUAGCAUUACUGUUAUUGCAACUAUAGGUGUCCUAACAUCUCGACAUUAUCCAAUUAUGAUGUAGAUGUUAGUUGUGUGUAUAUUACAUGUAAAUAAAUUUGUAGCUAUUA